GAAAAAAACAAAAAUAUUUGUGUUAUUGAUAGACAUUCGUGUGAUUAUAUUAUAAAUAAUUUUUUGUAAUAAAAAAGUUAUUAAUGAAUCAUGAAUAGUUACUAAAAUGUUCGUGGAAACAUAUAAAAAUCAAGAACAUUUCUUUUUACUGUAAGAAUAAUAUGAAUCGUUUGGAUGAUCCACCAAAUUACAUAAAAGGCCGUAAACCAUCUUUCAUCGGAAUGAACGGUGGACUAGAAACCGACGAUCAACAAAGGAUACGUUUCCAAGUUGAACUAGAAUUUGUACAAUGUCUUGCAAACCCUAACUACUUGAAUUUUCUGGCACAACGUGGCUACUUCAAAGACUCAUCAUUUAUCAACUACCUCAAAUAUCUGUUAUAUUGGAAAGAACCUGAAUAUGCCAAGUAUUUAAAAUAUCCAAUGUGUCUUUAUUUCCUUGAUUUGCUACAAUAUGAGCAUUUUAGACGUGAAGUAGUGAAUUCACAAUGUACUAAGUUUAUUGAUGAUCAACAAAUCUUACUAUGGCAACAUUACACAAGACGUAGAACAAGAUUGCUGCAAGCAGCAGCCGAGCAAACGUCACAGCAUACUAAUCCACAAAAUAAUGGAAUUGUACAACCUAAAGUUCCUUAAGAGGUUAUAAGAUGGUACGUUGGGCGUGAGCGUGGGCUAAGUGUCACCGGUGGGAGUGAAGCACGCACUGAAUGAAGCAGAAUUUUCUGAGCAAAAGACCGCACACAGGGAGGAACUCCACCGCAUUGAUAAAGAAGGAC